AUGACCUCCAGCAGACGGUCGUCCUCCAGCUCCCAGUCCUCCCACGCCGGCGUCGGCACUCCCCUCCUCAGGCCCGACCUCGCGCACUCGAAUUCUGAGCUUAUUCUCGUGCACGACGACCUCGAAGCGCAGCAGACGACGCGCGACGACUUUGAGCUCUCAUCCGACGACGAGAUUGUCGACGAGAUCUCUGCCCGACUCGAGCGCCUAAGGGCAUCCGCGAUACCGCCCCUCGAACCGCCUCGGGUCUUCCUCUACCUCCUCGCGCCCUAUCUCCUCUUCGGGCCUUUCCUCCUCUCCACAUCACCACUGGCCCUCAAAUGGUCCCUACCGGCUUUCUUUGUCUUUGCUCUGGGUGCAUUGGCAGCCAGACAGCUCGCGUACAUGAUCACCAAAUAUGUGCGCAAGCCGGACCUCGAAGACGUCGUGUGCGAUGCCCUAGCGCGCGGUCAUAAUCGCGAACGCACUCGCAUCGCCCUGCGCCUGCUCACGCGCCUGGGCACCACGCUCUUCCGUGUACUCCUGGCAUCCGUCUACGUGCGAGCCGCUGCGACUGUCCUGGCGCAACUCCUGUCAGACGACGGUCUUAUCGUCUCGUCCAGAGUCAUCGUCACCGUCAUACUGGCCGUGAUCAUCCUGCCCUUCGCAUUAUCUUCAUCGCUGGGAUCGAAGGCGGUGCUGUAUGGCACUUGGAUAUCCGUCGGGGCGUAUAUCAUCUGGUUCGGGAGCGUUAUCUUUGCGUAUUCCCGCGGGACGCUGUACGCCAAUCCGCAAUGGUCGCAGAUGGGUGCGCUCUGGCACGGGACGGCACCGAUCCUGUUUACGUUCACCUCUUCAUGGACGAUGCCGCUCUAUGCCGCGCUCAAGGCAUCCUCACCGCGUCUCUUGGGCCAGAAACCAGCCAAGCGAUACUCAUUCCGCACACACUCGGCCGGCGCAAUCGCACUCGCCGCGGCCCUCGUCCUCCCACUCUGUUUCUUCGGCGCACACCCCAACGCACCGGACUCGCCCAACCAUCCACCUCAUGCUCUCAUCGCCGUAGCGAACGCUCUGGCGCUCACACUCGCGACCCCUCCUCUCAUCAUCACCGCGUCACCCAUCCCUCUCCCGCACCACCUCCGCGGCGGCAAAACGUCCAAACUAUUCCUGCUCAUCAUCAUCGUCAUUCUUGCUUUGCUACCCGUGUCCGCGACAUGGAUGAUCUCCAAUAUCGUGCUGGUUCUCGCUGUAGCGAGUACAUAUGUUCUUCCUGCUGCCCUGCAUAUCGUGGUACACAACUUCAAAUCGCCGCUCGCCAUCGUCCUGCCCCGCGCAGCCGGACCCGACGCAGACGAGCUCCUCCGCCGCAAAGAGCGCAUGCUCCAGCGCCGACGGCUCGGUCGGCGCUUAGUGUGGGAUAUCAUCGCCUGGGCGCUUGUCCUUGUAUUCGGUGCCGGCGGCAUCGCCGCUAUCGUCGCGCGCCUUAUCGGCUUGUUGUAG